GUGAAAUACGCAGCCAUUUCUCUUCAUCUUGUUGUAAAGCUACAGGUCCGAGAAUGCAAAUACUGCAAUAGUAGCUGAUGUUGGGGUUUGUAGGCGAAUUUCUUUAUAUCUAAUUGAGAGACUAAAACUUUUUCCUUCUCAUAAGCAUUGAGAGAAACAACCACAUAGGAAGCCUAUUUAGACGGGGUCGAGCGAUUCCAUACUAUAGCCAAGAAAGUGCGCUUGGUAGACGCGGUAAUGUCUUUGAAUAUCACUGUGAAAAGUGAAGACUCCGAGUCCUUUGACGAAGAAGACGAAUCAUCUCCGCUGCUUUCAGGCAAAAGAGGCUCCGAGUCUGCAGCUCGUCACGAUAUUUCUCCGGGAGAAGGCGGUCCAAUAGAAGACCAUGCAGGGUAUUCAACACAGCAUGGGCGGCUGGCAACUAAAACGACCACCAAACCCAUCGUACUGUAUCCUGUGAGUGCUGACCGUUUCUUUUCCUCUACUUCUGCAGAUGGCAAAACCAUCUUAAAGAUAGCUCCAGCCCCAGUCAUGACCCUCCCGACUCCUCGGCCUCCUCCCCAGGUGUCCCCAGAGUUCUCCUACCAGGCCAUCGUGUACCUGAUCGAAGCAGUGGGGCGCCGCUGGAGCCUGUAUGGGACCCGGGAGCGUUCGCAGCUCUUCCAGAGCGUGCAGAAGGAGUUGGAGGAGCAGGGUCACUGUCUCCCCGUUGAGAAGAUCCGCCGCAAGUGGAACAACUUGAUCGUCACCUAUAAGAGGGUCAAAUACAGAGGCAGGGAGACCGGCCAGGCCAGAACCUCCUGGGAGUACUUUGAGAUGAUGGAUGCCAUGCUUGGUGACACCAUCGGCGCGGAGACCACUAGCAGCCCUACCCUAGUAACCAGCAUCCCUAAGGUGAACGUCGCCACGGAAACCACCAAAACAGAGCAGAAGCCCCUUCUCCUUCCCCAUGGCAACCUCAUCACUGCCUGCACUCGGACACUCACCCUUGUCCCCUCCUCCCUCCCACUCCACACACCAGUUUCCUCCACCCUCCCUCUCUACACCUUUGUCAGAUCCCUCCCCACCCCUGUCUGCUCCUCCCUCCCUCUAUCCAACCCUUUGGACACACCCUCCCCCAGAAUAGCUAAUAACACAGACCCUGUACAGCCAAACCCCUCCCCUGCUCCGGUCGCACAGCCCCCUGCCUCCCGUCACAUCCCCUCCAACCUCAGCCGCGUGCACCUCCGCAGAAAGAAGCACGGUCGCUUCUCCUGCUCCUCCAUUACCUCCCUUCUGGCCCAGCAGCAGAAGCGAGUAGAAGAAGGCACCUCCCUGCUGCAGGAGUUCCUGAGGAGGCAGGAGGGGCAUGCCAAGGAGGAGCAGGUCCGUCGCAACAGGGCAGAGUCCCGGGGGAGGAGGCGCGAGAGGAGGGAGGCACGCAUGGCAGAGUCCCUGGGUAGGAUGGCCACAGCUCUGGAGCUGCUCUCCUCCAAACAGGACACAGUCAUUGCCCUACUGCAGAGACUGGCUGAGAGAGACAGGAAGUGACAGUCAUCGCCCUGCUGCAGUGUUGUCUCUAACUUCUAUAGCCCCAAAGCCAUAAUUAUGGCUAAACCCUGCCUACACCUGCAUUGCUUGCUGUUUGGGGUUUUAGGCUGGGUUUCUGUACAGCACUUUGAGAUAUCAGCUGAUGUAAGAAGGGCUAUAUAAAUACAUUUUAUUUGAUAUUUUUACUAUUUAUCUUCUUCAAAUGUUAUUUUAAACCUAACAUUAACCACCACACUGCUAAUAUUAUGCCAAACCUUAAAUUAAGGACACAUUUGAUUUGAUUUGAAAAAGCUUAUUUUUGUUCUCAUGAAUUUUUACUUUGUGGCUAUAUAAUCUAGUGGAAACCCUUCUGCAGAGACUAGCUGAAGUGACACUGUAAUUGGCAUACUGCAUAGACUGGCCGAGAGAAACGGGGAGGCUGACUCAGCAUGAGACCGAAGUGGCACUCUUUUUCCCUAUAUAUUGCGCUACUUAUGAGCUAAAACCCACCUGGUGUCCCAGGUCAAAAUCGGUCCCUGAUUAGAGGGGAAGAAUGAAAAUUAGCAGUGGAACUUGGUUUGAGGUCCAUAUUUGAAUUUGCCUAAUGUAAGCAAUAGGGUUCCAUUUUGGAUGAAGACUCGGAUAAUGUUCAUUUUAAUUUUUUAUUUAGCCAGGUAGGCUAGUUGAGAACAAGUUCUCAUUUGCAACUGCGACCUGGCCAUGAUAAAGCAAAGC